CGCUAGAGUCCCCGCCAAGGCUGUGGGUGGUGGCCAGGGGGAGGGCUCAGCUCCAUGCUGCAGGGCCGCUCCUGAGGCCUGGAGUGCCUGGUGCAGUGGGACAGAGGGACGGAGGCCCCAGAAAUGUUGCUUCCGAGACAUGGGUCCCAGGCUCUGCCCGCCCUCAGCCUCUGCAUCCUGGUCCUGGCCUGUGCUGUGGGUCUGCAACACCAUGGACACCCGGUUCCUGCUGCCCCUUUGUCUCGUCCUGCUGCUGCUGGGAUGUGAAGUCCAGGGUACCCAUCUGCCUCAGCAGGACGAGCCUACUAGCCCACAUAUGCUGACCCAGGUGCAGGAGACCCUCUUCAGCUACUGGGACAAUGCCAAGGCAGCCGCCCAGGGCCUGUACGAGAAGACGUGCUUGCCUACUGUGGACAGGAAGAUCAGGGACAUGUACAGCAAAAGCUCAGCGGCCAUCAGGACUUACACAGGCAUCUUUACUGACCAAAUCUUGACAAUACUUCAGGGAGACCAGUGACAGCCAGGUAGCAGUGCUGCAGGGGGGGGAGCCCAAGCUCCCCUGACUGCCCAGGAUGGGGCUAAGCUCACCCAUCCCAGCACUUCUCAGCUUUCUGCCUCCAACUCUGGCCUGAAUCUUAUCAAUAAAUGAAUAAUUAAGAAAUUUUUAAAAA